AUGGCUGAACCCCCGCCAGAUAGCUCUUACACCCCACCUCACACACCCUUAAUCGAAGAGUCUCCAUUCAUUAGCGACUUCAUGGAGGAUCUUGAUCCUCAGGCGACCCGGAAACGUCCGCGUCUCGACUCUGGAAGCCGCGUGAGCCCAACCUUGUCUCUGGAAGGAACCUCGCGUACUGCCUCCAUCGCACCUGCUUCAGACAUGGAUCAAACGUCGGAUUCUGGCAAUCCGGCCAGCAGAGUCACCAUCAACACAAAAUCUCCUGCCAUGACUCCCUCCCUCCUUCCCUCAGACCCUGAGCUUCCAGACAACGACCUGGAGCUUCAACAACACACCGAUACCACUCCUAACGUUAUUUCCCUUCCCUCCUCACCCUCGACCCCCGAAGCCCAAAAAUUGAAGUUGCUGAACCCGAAGAUAUUGAUCAAGAUCCGAAAACAUCCAACUGGAUGCCGCUGGGUCAAGUGGUGCGGGAACAAGACGAACCGGAGAUCAUUGAGAUACAAGAUGUGA